AUGGCUAUGGAGGAGGCGGUCACAGAAGCCAACGAGGCCAAAGAGUUCCACAACGGCUUCUGCGAGGUCUGCCAGAAGGAUGGUCGUGUGUUGUUCUGCGAGAACUGCACCAGGGCCUUCCACGUGGCAUGCAUCGAAAAGUUCGUGGAUCUUCAAACACUAGGGAUUCAGGACCGCUGGGUGUGUCCUGUAUGUGUCCACGGGCCAGAGGUGCUUCUCCGGGGUUACAAAAAACCACAGCUCGCAGAGGAACAGAUGGAAGACCUGAUGAUGAAGCAACAGAGAGAAUGCAAGAGGAUUGCUUCGGCGAGUGUGCGCAACCGAGACCGAACUUUCCUCAAGGCGAUUGACGAUGUCGCGCCCUUCGCUUCAAGACCCGCGCUCCGGCGAAUUCAGAACUCGGAGGCGAAGGCUUCGAGAGUAAGGAUGCCACAGAUUCUGGACGAUGACAGUGAUGGGUCUGUCUCAGCAGUGCCAGACGUUCGGACGCUCGACCCGCAAAGCCACACGCCCGAGAUGUACAAAGACGUGCUCGCAGAGGGCAUCCGACUCAAGAAAUACCAAGCGGAGGGCGUCGGCUGGAUGAUCCAAGGUUUUUUCGACCGCUGUGGUGGCAUCCUCGCCGACGACAUGGGCCUCGGGAAGACGCUGAUGACUUUGUGCUUCCUGAGCUAUCUCAAGGUGAAGGAGCAAAUUCCGGGGCCGGCCCUAGUGGUUGUGCCCUUGAGCUGCGCUGGGAAUUGGCUGCGCGAAGCGAGGAAGUUCGUUCCACACCUCUCGAUCGCAAAGGUCUGCGGAAACAGCAAAGAGAAGUCUCUAAGUUUGGACGACAACGAGAUUUGGUUCGGGAUGAAGGACAUCAUCGUCACGACCUACGAGACAGUGGCAAACAUAGAGAACUACUUCGGGCGGAUGUUCUGGAAGGCCGUGAUCUUGGACGAGGCGCAUCGUGCAAAGAACUCUGCCAGCCGAAUCCGGGAGGCCUUGGAAGAGACACACAGCGCGUGCCGAAUUCUGUUGACGGGCACGCCUCUCCAGAACAGCUUGAAAGAGCUCCAUGCUCUGCUCAAGUUCCUUUGGCCGGACGUGCUGGCAAAGCAGUCCGAGAUGUUUGAGAAUGCCAUCCAGCUGCCCGAGCUGGCGGGGAAGGCCGACCCGAACUCCAAAGCUUGCAUCAACCAGGUUAUGGUCGACAAGAUCCGUGGGCUGCUUGCUCUGAGCAUGAAGCGGCGCAAGAAGGAGGACGUGCUGUCGCUACCGCCCAAGAUUUUCCACGACGUGUGGCUGCCAAUGUCUCCACUCCAGGUGCAGUGGUAUCGCCGCAUCCUGUCUCUCAAGAACACGCAGAUGUCCAGAGAUAUUCGGAGCCUCAAGAAGCUGAUCCUUCGACUUCGAAACGUUUGCAUCCACCCGCGUCUGGCGGUGGCGUCCAAGGAAGAUGAGGAGUUCCUGCUGUCUAUGGGCGUCUGCUCCCAAGACGAGAUCGACCAGCUCAAAGACGGCCCUCUGGUGAGUGAAGAGGUCAUAGGCGAGAGCUACAAGCUCGCGUUCGUGGACGCACUGCUCACGCACCUCCAUGCACAAAACAUGGGCCUCAACGACAAUUGGCGCAAGACCUUUGAGGCACGCACCAAGCAGAAGGAUGCGAAGAAGAAGUCUGCCUCGGCUUGGCUGAAGAAUGCUUCCGGCCCGCUGUUUCUGGAUGACAUGAAGUACCACCGGAUGCAGCUCGAGGGUGGCAAGGAGCACGCCGGCUUCCUCGAUGGAAUGGAGGACGUUGAUUGGGACACUCCGCAGCCGCACAAGGCGCUGAUUUUCUGCCAGCACCAGGUGAACAUGGAUUUCCUGGAGGAAUACUGCAAGUUCAGGGGCUACCGCUACAUGCGCAUGGAUGGAUCAACAAACCGUGUGCUGCGGGAGCUGGACAUGCGCGACUUCAAUGCUUUAGAUGAGGACGUCUUCAUCUACUUAAUCAGCACGCGAGCCGGCGGCUUGGGGGUCAACCUGGCCUCGGCUAAUCAUGUCAUCAUCUUUGAGCAGGACUGGAAUCCGCACGUGGACCACCAGGCGAUUGAUCGCGCGCACCGCAUCGGUCAGUCGAGACAGGUCCACAUCCAUCGCCCGAUUCUGGAGUGGGCAGUGGAGGAGCGCCUUUUGAUCCGCUCGAACGCGAAGCUCGAGAUGGAAAAGAACAUCAUCGGCGACAGGGUUGAGGAGGAUGAUGAAAAAGAGGACCCCGAAGAGCCGCUCGAUGCAGAGGAGAUCAUGAGCAUCCUGAACAAUGGAGAGUCAGCCUUCAAGGUCUUUGAGGGUGAGACCUUCAGCUUUGACCUGGAGGAGUACUUCGAUCGCAAGCGGGCCCCAAUGCCAGAGGUGAAGGAUCGCUCCCCAUUGCGGCCGCCGAAGAGACCCGCGGAGGCAGCGCCUCCUCCGGUUCCAGAUGAUGUGAUGAGGUCCGGCUCCGGUCGAGUCGUGACGCGCAAGCUCACCUUCGCCGAGGAGUUUUGCACUGCGCCGAUGAAGACACGAAAGAAGACCGAUGUGAUCAAGCUGAAGCACAUCCCGAAGUGCUUCACCUGCGGCGUCAAGGACGAAAGGCCGUUGCAGGAGUGCGCAUGUUGCCCGAUGUCGCAUCAUGUGCAAUGCGUCGGGCACACUCCAAAAAAGUGGACUUGCCCGUGGCACUACUGCAGCUCCUGCAGCCGCAGCGCCAACCAAGUUGGAGGGAUGCUGAUCCACUGCCUUGAGUGUCCCACCGCCCUUUGCUACGACUGCUUUCCGCCAGACUUCCGCAGGGUCUAUCCGCCGGACAGGUUCUGGGAUGAGAUGAAGAAGCGGGGAUGGAAUGUGACGUCUGCCAAGAUGGCCUUCUUCAAGUGCAACAGCUGCCGAACCUUGGAGGAGCAGCAGAAGCGGCUCAAGAUGCGAGCGGAAGACCUUGCCGUUCAGCAGGAUGCAGAGAAGAAGGCUGCCCUGGAGGAGAAGCGAAACUUGGCCGCGGUGAAGAAGCGCAAGAUGGAUGAAGAGGCGCAGCGCCGGAUGCAGGAGUACAAAGUGCAGCAUCAGCAGCAACGAGUGGCCGAGGAGAUCAGUCACUGGAGGGCACGCUUGGAGCGAACAGCGGAGAAGCUUUGGCCGCAGGAAUUCCGUCGCAUUUGGCAGCACCAUGUCAAGAACAAUCAGAAGGAGAUUGGCAAAGCCAUGGUUGGAAGGACGGUAAAGAUGCCCUCCGUGGAGUUCCUGAUGAGGAGCUUGGAGACCUGUGACAAAUGUGGCAACCCGUGCCACAAAGGUCGCAACUGUCCCUUCGAGUCCGAAUCGCCAACGAAAGGCGUGCUUGGCAGCAAAAGCUUCACCCUGAGCCUCACGCCAGAGAAGAGGGCCGAGCGGAUGGCGAUCUUCAAGGAACUCGAGGCCGCUAUGCGGAAAGAGAAGCCCGUGCCUGAGCCAGAGAUCAAGGACCUCAAGGAGACGACCCCGGCCUGGCAAAUUGUGGAAGCCUACCGUGCGGUGGAGGCUGCUUUCAAGGCAAAGGUCCUCGAGUUCACGAGCAGGAUUUCUGCAAAGCUGGUAGUUCCAGACAAGUGCGAGAGCGCAUCAGGGCGCCAGAUGAAUGCCUUGCAGGCAGCAAAGGCAUCUGCAGCCGCAGCUCUUGCUCGAAAGGAAAAGGCAGCUGCAAAGCAGGUUACAGCAUCCAAGGCAGCCGAAGUGAAGAGGAAUGCGGCACAGAAAGCAGCGGAGAGGGCAGCCGAAGUGAAGAAGAAGGCGGCGGAGCGGGCAGCCGACGAGAAAAGGAGUGCGGCACAAAAGGCAGCUCAAAAGCAAAAGCUUGAAGUUUCUGCACCCCAGGGCAAGACAAGCAAGAGUGCAGUAAAGAUCAGAUACAUCGAUUCUGGGCCUGGAGCGGGCUGGCACGUGAAAGGCCGAGCCUAUCCAAGUACUAUCACCAUGUGGCUGUUGCCUCCGAAUGCUUCGGUGUGGCAAUCGCGCGCUCAAGCCCUGAAGGAGCUGGAGGGAUCAGAUCCUACAGUCAUCGAAGCCAUCGACAAGGUGAGGUGGCAGGUGCAACAGGAGCUCAAGGGCCCCCCAGUCGCUGAGCCCUCCUCCAAAGAGGGCACCAGAAAAAAGCUUCGCCUCAGCUGGAGCCAUCACAGUUCCGCUUCCUCUAGCUCUUCGGUGCGAAUGCUGAGCUGA